AUGGCUGAAUAUAAGUUUGCAUUGUAAGAAUUUGGGGAUUUGCGUAAACUAUAGAAGAGAAUAAGAAUUUGACGAAGCUGUCAAUACAAGUGAUAAUCUAAUGAUGAUAAAUCCAUUUUAUAUAAUAAACUAACUUUUAUGGACACUAUUCCUUCAUAAUGAGCGACAUCGCCAAUAAUGAGACGAUUGAGGUAUCGGAGAAGCCGGUUCAAGAAAACGAAGAUGUUAAAUUCCCGCCCUUCCCUGAUCCAACUGAUAAUGACUUCGAGGAUGAUAUACCAGAGGAAGAAAGAACUUAUUACAAAAAUAAAUUUAAAGACUUGAAUACUGUGACGAGUGUAAGAUUACACUGUUCUGCUUGUGAUCGUCAUUUAGGAUGCUCAGCACGCAAUGAGAGUCGGAUGCGUCCACAUCCAUUGCUCCGAACGUUAGUGUGUCAUACUUGUCAUACAUUUUACAAUAGUGGAGAAUUUGAGAAAGGUGAUGAUGGUUCUGAAUUGUAUUGUCGGUGGUGUGGACAAGGCGGACAAGUUUAUUGUUGUUCAGAAUGUCCACAUGUGUUUUGUGCGAAAUGUAUAAGAAGAAAUUUGGGGAAUCCAAAAAUUAAAGAAAUAGAAGAAUUAGAUGAUUGGAAGUGUUUUAAAUGUAAUAAUAAAUGCCUAUGGGAUCUUCGUGCUAUUUGUUGGGCUGUUCUUCGCUACUGUGACUUAAAAAACAAAAUAGCAUACGAAACACAGGAUUUGGUUUUAAAGGAGACAUACCAAAAACAUUGUGCAUUAGAUCACUCUGAAUGUUGCAAAAAUAAAGUAAGGAAAAAAGAAUCAAAGAGAAGGGAAUCAGAAUCAACUCCAUCUACAAGAAAAUCAACAGCUGCUGCUGUUAUUUCUAAAAUACCACCAACCAUUCAGGUGAAGAAAUUUGCUUCAAUAAAUAUGGAGGAGUCGGUUAAUAUAAAAUCUGAAAAGAAAGCUCAAAAACGUCCUGCAAGUCCAAAACAUAAAGCAAUAUUAAUAAAAAAUCCUAUUGCAAUAUCAAGUAAGAUGGGUAAUCAGUUGACACCAGUGCCCAAAAAAAUUAGAAUGCCAAAUUCUCCAGUUAUUAAUCCAGUUAGAUUUAGCAAUGAUAGAAAAACACCACAAACCUAUGGCAACUUUACAAAGAUAAGACCCAAACCACCACAAAUGUCAAUCAUGUUUAAUGGAUUCAACAACACUGCUACAUAUAGCAAUGAUAAUAUUAAUCUAUCAUUAGAAAAUUUAACACAGGGUUUAGACAUGUCAGCUGUUGCAGCAAUUGCAGGCAGCUCUAAUGAUGAUGAUGUUGUUUGCACACCUGAUUUUCCUCUGGAACCAUUGUGUGAGGUAACUGAAGAUAAUGGCGAUGAUGACGUUCAGUGCAUGACGCCAGGCCCAGCUUUCACGCCGAAGCCUCCGCCGCCGCCGCCUCCGCUGGUUGUGCGCAAUAAUAACACUUUACCAGACCUCAGUCCUGAAAACAUUGUAAAAAUGACUGAAAAUGAUGUUACAGUCAAUACAACCACGGGUGGCUUAAAGUUCAGAGUGGAUCCCCAAACCUUGUCAUCUAACAAAAUGUAUCGCUUGCCAGAUGGCCGUAUUUUUGCGAUUAAUGCAAAUCCAAGUAUGCCAGGAGGUUAUUCCGCUACGAUAGUCGCCUUAACAGAUAAUAAUUCAGGAAAAGUUACAUCAAAGGGCACGACAUUUGCUGCGAAAUUAAGCGCUGUUUCAGCGCAGGCUGCAACGCCUCCUCCUUUAAAAUAUGUGACUCGAAACCAAGCGAGUCGCAGUCCAAAUAAACGUAGUACUCCAAAAUCCGCAAAAGUCGGUAAGGGAACCGACGCUUCUAGAAUUUGUGACUUAAAUGUACCUGUAGAAUGGUAUCGAUAUAAUUUGAUUGAUGCCAUUGAUGCUCUUGAGUACUCAUUAUCAAGGUUACAUCAUUUAAAGAAAAAUGCUACUACCAUGCAUUUACGAACUCGAUCAAUAAACGAAAUGCGAAAUUUACAUAAGUCACUGGAGCGUUCAUUAACAACAUCAAUGACUAGGUUUAAAGAAGUUCGAGAUAAUUUGAAUAAGGAGUUUAAACAAUAUAUUGCAAAGAAAACGAGUAACAAUCUCAGUGAUGAUGAUGAUGUUGAAAUAUUACACGAAGAUGAUAACGAUGAUCCAAUUUUUAUUGAUGAAAAUUCACUUGAAUCAAAUGCACACGAUAACCAGGAGGUUGAUUUAACCGCCGUUGGCAGUAGUGAUCUCAAUGAUAGCAAUGAAAGAUCAUCCGAAAAAAAUGAUUUAUCAAGAAAUGAAGCUGAUACCUUGAACACAGACCACAACAGCAGUAAUUUUGUAAAAAUUAAUAGUAAUAUGUCGAAUCCAAUUUUAACAAGUAAACAAAAUGAUGUUCAUACAGAUUAUGAUCAUACAGAGAAUCAAAACGUCUCCAUUAAUUCUGAACAAAAAUCUGACGAAAAAGACGACUCAAGUGAAAACCAAAAUGAGGAGAAUAGUAAAAAUCAAAACAAAACAUCCAAUGCGAGAAGAGAAAAAUUAGAUUGCAAAGAAUUAAUAAACAAUAUUAUUUGUAAAACAGAAACAACAAUCACUAGUACUAAAAAGAUUGACAUGUUAGAUGAAGACAAAAUCUUAAAUGAAAGUUUAAUUUCUCCAGAAAAUGUUAAAAAAGACUCUGAAAUGAGUGAGGAGAUGAUUGAAAAUUUAUUAAAAGAUGAUAAUGCAGGUGAUGAUGAUACUCAAAACACCCAGUCCUUUAAUAUUUCAGAUGAAAUACAAGAUGUACAGUCCUCAGAAAAGGAUUAGUACUAUAUAAACAUACUAUAUAUGCACAUGGGGUAACUCCUAUAGUUAUUAAGCUAAAUGUGGGGAUAUAUAUAAUAAUGAUUCAAAUCAGAAAAAAUACUGUUUUACUGUCUAUCAUUAAGUAGAAAAUAAAUCAUAAGAAUUUUCUUAUUCUGUAAUAUGCUUUUGUGACUUUUUGUUCACUUGUAGUUUUCUCAUGAUAAUUAUUCGAAAUAACUAAUUACGAAAUUUUAUGAAGCAAAUAUGUAUAUGAUAUCACUAAUAUAUUAAAACCUUACAAUAUUUAUUACAUCUGAUUCAAGGCAAAGCAUAAAAAGUAGCUAAUAUCAUAUAACAAAAGCAUUUGUUCUUGUAAUUAAACAAAGUUGUUUUUAUUUGUUACAGAUUGGUAUAAACGUUGGAAUAAUUAUUUCAAAUUAACAUUAAAGUAGAUAUAAGUAAAAACUGCUUUUGAGAUAUACACUUGAACUGCUUUAUAAAACUCCAACUCUUGGGUUUGGCCAAAGAAAUAUUGGAUUUUAUCACGAAGUUCUCAGUGUACUCUCGUGUUUCGAAAGACAAAGUAUUUGGUUCUUUACUUUUAAUUAGUAAGCGUAAAAUAUCCUUAAACAACAUAUUAGUACGACGAAUAAUUUAACAACUUGCUUGUGAACAACAUGUUGCAACAUAAUAAAUUCAAUUCAUUAUCAAUAUCUCAGUAAAAUAAUAAAAUAGAAUAAUGGUUUCAUUAAAAUAUAUCUUUUAAAGAAAAUCUUAUGUAACAUCAUAAGAUUUUCUUUUGGUAAACAGAAAUACCGAAAUAAGAAAAUACAGAGUAAUGCUGUCAUUUUAUAGUGAGUAUUUAUUUCAAUAAUACUUUAUAACACUCUUUGGUAGCUGAUAGCAGUAAUUAGCAUGUUCUAUAAAACUGGACUUGACAAGUGUGAACACACAAUCAUUUUUUAUUUGUUAUAUAAUUUUUACUAUACUGUCGAAUUUUUUUUUUCAUUUACAUAUUCUUAGAACUGUAUUUAAAACAUUGUCUUUGAAAUAAUACACGUUUAAUGCUAUUUUUUUCUAACAGCUCAAAUCACCAUCAUCAUUUGUUCAUAAUGAACACGGUAAAUGAAUCUUUAUAACUGACAUUACAAAACCUAUUAUUAAAUAUUUAAGUAAAGUAAUAAUUAAAAAGAAUCCCAUACAAUAUGUGUUCUAUAGACGAUAGAUCGGUUUAUCCUUAAAAAAAUAAAAAAUUGUCACCGUUACAUGUUUUAAUCUAAAGUUGGGAACAAACAAUAGAAUGCAACUUACUCUCGCAAUCUUAUAUUAGCACUUAUUUCAUUAUCAAUUAACUAAAUAUGCUUUACAGGGACUUGAAACAGGUGUUUAAAGUGUGUUUUCUUUUAUUUCUAAUAAUUGUAAUUCGAUAGAAACAUUUAUCGAGACAGAUUUCUGGAUACUCGAAGUCUUCCGUAACAUCCUAACUACUAAUAUAAAUGCAUAUGUGAGUUUUUUUACUACUCUUUAACGUUACGUCUUAACUAAAUUCAAAAUCAACGGAUCAAUAAAUUUUGCUUUCACGUUAGGGUUCCGUAACAAGACAGAAUAUCUUAACACCUCACCUAUGGGCGCAGCCGCGAUCAGAAACUAGUAAUUGCUAUUUGUCCUUCUGCGGACCAAGAAAUAUGACCAUGUAAUGUACAUUCGAAUGUAACUCGCGUCAAAUUAUUUGUUCCUAACUUAAGAUGAAAUUAAGCAAUAUUGCACUGAGAUUUAAUUGUAAUACGUCUAUUUGUUAUUUGCUUUUUUAUUUGGAAAUAAUAAUCAUAUUUCUAGUUUUUGUCGACAGUUGUGCCAUGAGAACUGCAUCGUUAAAAAGAGAAUUUAUAUAUAUUUUUAAUAUGUUAAACUUUUGUUUAUGUCAUAGUUAAUAUAUAAAAAAUGCUUAGAAUUUUUAUUUUAUAUAUAAAAUUAGAAAUAGUACUUGUUUUCAAUAAAUUGAUAUUUUUACGAUUUUUUUAUAGUAUGUAGUUCUUGCAUUUAAACUGAGUUCUAGGAAACAGUUCAAAAAGAGAGAUUAAAUUGUUUUAUGUAUACUUCUUUGCCUUUAUGUAGACAUCUCAAAAAUCGCCCCGCAUUUGUAAUGAUUAAACAGGUGUUACAACAUAUAUGUAAUUAUGUUACAACUAUCCUGUUCGAUGUAAGAAAAAGUAUAGCAACUGUGGUAACUAAGUUCUAAGAUCAGUAUUUGUAUAAUCUGAUUAUUGUAAAUAAAACAACGUAGUCGCAACACUAAAAUAUAAGAUUUAAUUUUAUAAUCUAAAAUAUGUUUGCUGACUUGGGAUUUCUCAUUUUGUGAUAAAUUUUGUUAUAUUGAGUGAUACAUGGUGUUUGUAUUUUAAUAUAUAGGUUAUUAAAUUUAGUUUACUGCUUAAAAUGUAUCUACUAUGGCUCUAUAUGUGUAAUUAAAUUAUUAGUACAACGUAACGGUAACAAUAUAAUAAAAACCAUAAAGGUUUUUCUAUAGUCUUUGUAUUAUUUUCUGUUAAUAAGGCAUUAACUGUUAAAAUUCUUAUACUAUGCAAUAUUCAAAUUCAUGUC